GGGAUGCAGGGUGGGAAAAGGCUGACUCCCAGCUGAAAAACCUUGGAGACUGGAGAGCUGAACACUCCCAGUAUUGCUUAACGAAAAGAGAAGUGGAUUUUGCUAUUUGAUCUUCAUUUUUUUGUGUACUGCUUCACAUUUUGGGAUACUGCUGAUCUUCGCUUGCCUGGUUUGGGGACCAGCCGAAGCUCUGCCAACUCUGACUCAGUCUGCAAGAAGAAACUUCACUAUAUGAGCCAUGUGUCCAUUAAAUCACUUUGAAUACCAGAAUUUCUCAGGCCACAGAAGAAGAUGGACUACAUUAUUCUACUCCACUCCUUGCUUUUCACUCUAGCAUUUGCUGACAAAGAAAGUCAGGAAAAACCUCAAAACCUUUUAUCAAACAAGGCCAGUCACAAACGGCUGAAGAGAGACUGGAUAUGGAACCAAAUGCACAUCAAAGAAGAGAUUGAUGCCCCAUUGCCACACCAUGUGGGCAAGAUCACAUCCAGUGUGAGGAACAGCAACGCCAAGUACAUCAUCGAAGGGGAAUAUGCCAACACCAUCUUCAAAGUGGAGGAGACCAGUGGGGAUGUCUACGCCUUUGAGAGGCUUGACAGGGAAAAGAAAGCAGAGUAUGAGCUGACAGCUCUCAUUAUUGACAGAAGAAACAACCAGUCACUGGAACCCCCCUCUAAAUUCAUCAUCAAGGUUUAUGAUAUUAAUGACAACGUGCCCGUGUUUGUACAAAAAGUGUUCAAUGGAUCUGUCCCAGAAAUGUCACCAGUAGGAACCUCAGUCACCAAAGUGACAGCUGUAGAUGCUGAUGACCCAACAGUGUCAGGUCACGCCACGGUGAGUUACCAAGUCAUUAAAGGAGAUGAAUAUUUCACCAUUGAUGACUCUGGUGUGAUUUUUACCACAAGGCCUGAUUUAGACAGAGAGACUCAAUCAACAUAUGAAAUUGUUGUUAAAGCAAAAGAUGCUCCAGGGACUUCUGGGGAUUCCAGCACAGCCACAGUCGUCAUCACUUUAUCUGACAUCAAUGACAACUUCCCGGUGUUCAAACACUCAUCAUUCCACUUUAAAGUGCCUGAAAACAUUUCAGUAGGAGGAGAAGUUGGCAGAGUCAAAGUAGAAGAUAUCGAUGAACCACAACAUAGAAACACAAAAUACAGUUUUGUCCGAGGAGAUUACAGGGACACCUUUGAAAUUGUAGCAAAUCCAUACACAAAUGAAGGAAUCAUUAGGCCAAAAAAGCCCCUGGACUUUGAAAAAGUAUCAGAAUACAGGUUUGACAUUGAAGCAACAGAUCCCACCGUUGAUCUCCGGUAUUUCAAAUCUGGUGGCUCGAGGAGCAUUUCAACAGUCACCAUUGAAGUCACUGAUGUGGAUGAGCCUCCUGUCUUCACUAAACUGCCAUAUGAAUUUAAAGUAAUGGAAAAUGAUCCAGAAGUAAGAACACUUGGUUCAGUUUGGGCACACGACCCCGACGCAGCUAAACGGAAAAUCAGAUUUAGUCGACGAAGAGCGAGUCCUAAUGGAGACUAUAUCAGGGUGUCUGAUACUGGAAUUAUUCAACUUCCCAAGCCCCUGGACAGAGAAUUCAGCGCCUCGUACAACAUCACUGUGGCAGCUCAGGAAAUCCUUGAAGAUGGUCGUCUUUCUGACAGAGAAUCACAUGCCCAGGUUCAUGUAAUAGUUGGUGAUGAAAAUGAUAAUGCUCCAGAACUUGUUUAUCCUGAGGAACCCAGAGUGUGUGAAAAUGCUGCACCAGGAAAGGUAAUCGUCAGGAUUUCAGCUACUGACAAGGAUGAACUGUCACCCAGAGGGUUCUUCAAGUUCUCCCUGGCCACAGAAGACAGCAACUUCUCCCUGAUCGAGAACUACGAUAACACAGCGAAUAUCACUGUCAAAUACGGACAGUUUAAUCGUGAACUUGCCAAAAUCCACUACCUGCCUGUCAUCAUCUCAGACAACAGUGUUCCUGAGCUCAGCAGCACAAACACUCUUGUCAUCAGUGUCUGCAAGUGCAACGAGAAAGGCAACUUCACUUUCUGCGAGGAAAGAGCCAAACAAGUGGGAGUCAGCAUACAAGCACUGGUGGCCAUUUUCAUCUGCAUCUUCACCAUCAUUGUUCUCUUCGCAGUGCUUGCAAUGCUGCUGCUUCUGAGGAAGAGGCACAAGAAGGAUCUGAGCGGCCUGGGGAGGAGCGUGGCAGAGAUCCACGAGCAGCUGGUCAGGUAUGACGAGGAAGGCGGUGGGGAGAUGGACACCACCAGCUACGACGUGUCCGUGCUCAACUCCGUCCGCAAGAGCGGCGCGAAGGCUGAGGCAGCUCCCUCUCCCUACGCACAAGUCCAAAAGCCUCCUGGAAACGCCACUUCUGGUGCUGGAGAAAUGGAGAGCAUGAUCGAGGAGAAGAAGAGCGAAGCUGACAACGACAGGGACCUGCUGCCCUACGACACGCUGCACAUCUACGGCUACGAGGGGGCCGAGUCCAUCGCGGAGUCGCUCAGCUCGCUGCAGUCGGGCUCCUCGGACUCAGACAUCGACUACGACUUCCUCAACGACUGGGGACCCAGGUUUAAAAUGCUGGCUGAGCUGUAUGGAUCAGAGCCAAGUGAAGAUUUUGUGUAUUAAGUUCAAAUUAGCCAUGAGUUUUCUCCCUCCCACCACAAGCAGACAUCAGGAGACCGUCAGUGGCCAAAGGAGAACUCGCAGCUCUUUCCUCAAGCCAUUCUAGGAUUUCCAACAGACAUGAGAAAAAAACCCUGACAACAGUAGGGUUAAAAAGACACACAGAGAACAUGUAUAUUAACUUCCCCCAGCACUGCUGUCCUUGCUAACAUUCAGUUCUGUCCCCAAAAUCGCUUCUCAUGGGCCUGCCCAGGUCUCCUAGGACUCCCAUCGAGGCAGACAAUUCUUAACAAGUGGGUUUUUCUUCCCCCCCCUGUUUCUCCUUCAUUCCUCUCCUCCUGUACUGUUUCCACCAACAUGUGUCCAAGGUCACCAUCCACUGGGAGAGAGAGGUUCAGUGGCCUUGCUAAGGGAUGUUUUAACCCCCCUGUAUCUCCAGCUGGCUGCUUUGCCUGCCCCUUCUGGAACAUCUUUAUUGAUAUUCCACCCUUCUGCUUACCCAGUAGAGGAGAGGAGGAACAUAUGGUCCAUCACCUAAUAUUAGAAAUUAUUCCAUCAUUUUCAAAAAGAGGCAUGUUUUCUCCUUCUUUCCAUUCUAUUAAUUAUUUUUGUUUUAUAGUCUCCGAUUACAUGUACGAGUUAUUCAAGAUAAAAUUAGGCAGGAUUUUUAGACACACAAUCUGGUUUCAUCUGUCAUUUUUAACAGCCUGAUGGUGAUUUCAGGCACCUUUCUGGCAUGCUAGAAUUUGCUCUAGCUAACAGCAAAAUUGGUUUUUCGCUCUGUAAAUAGGAUUUUAGUGUUACUCCAUGGAACAUAUCCUGCAGGGCAGGAAACAGGGACAUCAGGGGAAUGUUAAGACUCCAGUACUGUACUUCUCCAUCUCCAGGUGGAAGCACAGGUCUCUCUAUAUUUCCAAAGAGGCUGAAUAGGGUUUUUAUUCAAUGUUAUUAAUGCAAUUGUAUUUUUUUCAGGGACAAACAAACGAAGGGCCUCAUUACUGUGAAUCUGUUGUGAUUUUUUUCUAAGCAGGUACUGUAAAACGAGUGUUUUCCUCCUAGGAAAGCACUGUAGACUCCUCAACCUGAAUGCUACACACCCACACUCUUGUCUGCAUAAAGAACCACAGGUGAGAGGAAGGUUUUGGAGCUGCAGCUGCCGUGUCCCUGUGUGUUUGGUGUCUCACCUGAUGAAGAGCCACAGAAUGGCCAGAAUGAAAGUUCCCAGGGGAAAAGCUCCCCAGGCAAAUACAUUUUUUGGAAAAAACGGGUCUCUUAGGACAAUGGCCUGUCCCUGGCUUGCAGCAACACAGCUUCCUGUUGCCAUCAGCAGGAACAGAGCCCUAUCCCCAGAUACUGCCCCUGUGCAGCAUCUGUGCUGGAGCUGUAGGUAUUACUUUUGUUGAUUUAAUUAUUUAAAUCUGUUAGCUAACCAAAUAACACUAGGGUUUGCUUUUUUUUUUCCUAAACCAGUAUAGUGGAACCUCACAACUUUGCUUUUCCCUUAUUCAUGUCAUCUUUAAUUUACACUCCCUUCACCCAUAAUUCUUUCUUGGCAGGAAAUAGGAAUGCACUAUAAUAUGGUCUCAUAUUACUCCUAAACAGGAAAACUACUGGAAAAAGUUAUCCAACACAAUACUUGCCUGGACACUGAUGUACAGUCACAUCAGUGAUGCAAUCACUCAAAUUUUCAAACAUGAACUAAAAGAAAACUGAGUAAAAUUCUGUCCACCAGUCAAAUCAGUUUUGGAUUCCAUCCUUCACUAAAAAAAAGAAGCACAUUUUGGGAUGACAGCCUUGGUUUUAGUUUUCAUGUGUUCAUUCUCUCUUGCCUAAUCCAACCAACAGUACAUGCCAUUGGGGUUCCACAUGUUGGUGCAUUAUAAAGAAUGCUAAAUACUAAUACAGUUUAAUUAUUUUUUGUCAGUAAUUAAGGUAUUGAGUAUCAGCAGGUAAAGUUAGUUGAUAAAUUAUGUAGUGCAGUAACUAAAGUACUUUUGAUAGGCAUCACCCAGACAGUAUUACCUGUAAUUCUUGUUUUUAAGUAUUACCUGUAAUCGUGUUUUUUAAAGUUGUUUUUAGGAACACCGUAUGCAGUUCCCUUGUAUAAAGAUGUAAAGUUCCUUUUUAUAUUCCUGUACUGGUUUUUUCGUUUUGGUUUUUUUUGUACUACAUAAAAGUGAAUCUCGAGUUUGUAUUUUCUGUGCAGUAAUAAGUUUCACACAGAGACAACAUCAGGCUUUGUGCCACAUUGACCUCAGCC